AUGAUCUACGAAUAUCUCUCCGAGUUUGGACAUAUCUAUCUAUCUAUCUAUCUAUCUAUCUAUCCGUACAUGCAAAUUUUCCUGAGUUAUCGUUCUUGUCUCUUCUCCGCUUUUAACACUUCUGCACAUUUUUCUCUUAUUUUUUUUUCUCUCUCUUCUACGCUCUUUUCUCUUCACAUUUUUUCUUCCCCUUCUUUUCUUUCUAUGCUUUUUUUCUUCUCUGUUCUUUUCUCUCUUCUGUCCUUUCUCUUAUCUUGCUAUUCUCUCUUUUCCUCUUCUCUCUUUGUUUUAGUCUUCUUCGCUCUUUACUCUUCUCUGUUCUUUCCUCUGUUAUUUUCUCUUUUCUGUUCUCAUCUCUUCUCUGUUUUUUUUUCUAUUCUACGCUCUUUUUUCUUAUUCGCUCUUUUCUUUUCAUUUUGUUCUCUUCACUUUUCUUUCUUCUCCUUUUUUUUUGUCUCUGCUGCUUUUUCUUCUCUGUUCCUUUAUCUCCUCUCUUAUCUUCUCUUAGCUUUUUUCUCUUCUCCUUGCUUAUCUCUUCACUUUUCUUUCUUCUUCUCGUUCUUUUCCUUUCUCCGUAUUUUUUUCCUUCUCUCUUCUUUCUCUCCUCUGUUCUCUCCUAUCUUUUCUUCGCUCUUUUCUCUUUUCCGUUCUUUCCUCUUCUCCGCUCUUUACUCUUCUCUUCACUUUUCUCUUCUUCAUUCUUUUCUCCUCUCCGUUCUUUUCUCUUCUCUGCGCUUUCCACGAACCUUUCAGAACUGUAAUCAUGAAACAAUCAAUAACAAAGUGGUGACAAUAAUUGAAAAUGUGAGACGAUAA